AUGUGGAGAGGCGGCGCCACCGCCGCCUCCGCCGCGAGGGCUCUCCGCUCGCGCAUGCUCGGAGACCCCGUCCACCACCCCUCUACGGCUAUUCUCCCCAUCCCUUCGGCGCGCGCCGCCUGCUCGGCACCCUCUGCAGCCUCCCCCGCGCCCAUCGUCGCUGAAGCGGCGGCCGCCUCGGUAGCUGUUUCGUCGGGAGCCAGAUCCGCCUCCGACGUGCUGCGUCACUACGGGCAGUGCUACUGGGAGCUCUCCAAAGCCCGCCUCAGUGCACUUGUCGUGGCAACAUCGGGGGCUGGAUAUGUGCUCGGUAGUGGCAGCAUUGUAGACAUUGCUGGACUUUGCUACACAUGCACUGGUACCAUGAUGGUUGCAGCAUCUGCCAACACUCUCAACCAGGUGUUUGAAAUAAAGAAUGAUGCUAAAAUGAAAAGGACAAUGCGAAGGCCCCUACCAUCAGGGCGUAUUAGUCCUGUGCAUGCUGCCAUGUGGGCUACAACUGUUGGAACUGCAGGAACAGCAUUAUUGGCUUGCAAGGCUAAUGACUUAGCUGCUGGGCUUGCAGCAUCCAAUCUCAUUCUGUAUGCAUUUGUAUACACUCCACUGAAGCAAAUACACCCUGUCAAUACAUGGGUGGGAGCGGUUGUUGGCGCCAUUCCGCCACUUCUAGGGUGGGCGGCAGCAGCAUCUGAACUGUCACUCAACUCUAUGAUUCUGCCGGCUGCUUUGUACUUUUGGCAGUUACCACAUUUCAUGGCCCUUGCGUACUUAUGCCGCGCUGACUACCUUGCUGGAGGGUAUCGUAUGCUCUCUUUUGCUGAUCCUACUGGCAAGAGAACUGCAUGGGUUUCACUCAGAAAUUGUCUCUACAUGCUGCCGUUGGGGUUAUUUGCAUAUAACUGGGGGCUAACAUCCGAAUGGUUCAGUUUUGAAGCAUCGCUUCUAACGACGGGCCUCGCCAUUGGAGCCUUAUCAUUUGUACUGGCUCCUAGUCAGAAGAGUGCAAGAAGAAUGUUCCAUGCUAGCCUCUUGUAUCUUCCUGCUUUGAUGGCUGGACUUAUAUUGCAUCGGCUGCCCAACGAACAGAAGGAGCAUAACAACAUUCAUCAGACUAGUGAGAUCGCUGGGGUUCUCCGCGGCGCCGAGCUGUGGGACGAAGAAGAAAGAGCUAGACAGAAACAGGAAGACCUGAAACAUUCUCGUCGUGCUCAAUCACGCCCUCCAGUUGCCUAUGCUUCUGUAGCCCCAUUCCCCUUCUUGCCUGUGCCUGUGUACGUCUCUCCAGAAGCUCAUGAGUUUUGA